AGGAGAACCUGCCUCUGACUCUCAGACCAUCUCCAGUCUUAGGAGCCUGAGGAAGAGUCAUGAUGUCUGAUGCCAGGGUUUCCUCCGUCAUCCAGGAGUGGGCGAGCUCCUACUCAGGUCAGGUCCCCGCCCUGAACCCAGCUGUCGCUUCCUCCGGCCAAACUGAGGCCUCCGCUCAGCUGUCUCACAUGGAGAUGAUGCCGUACGGCCAGGCUCAGGGAAUGUUGAGGGAGGGCGGUGAGGACAGUGUGGCCGAGCAGAUGAUGGGACUGUCCUACCUGCCGUACUCGACGUCCUGCCUAGGCAACGCCUCGAAUGCGGCGAGCAACAACCACCACCAGAGCCACGCCAGCACUCAGCAGGACUUCUCUCCCUUCCUCCUGCCGACCCUGAGGGCCCCGCAGACCAAGAGGAGCAUCAGCAAGGACAGCGCUGAGUACCGGCAGAGGCGCGAGAGAAACAACAUUGCCGUGAGAAAGAGCCGGGACAAGGCCCGCAGGAGGAUCAUGCUGACCCAGCAGAGGGCCAUGCAGCUGCAGGAGGAGAACCAGAAGCUGCAGCUGAGGAUAGGGCAGCUGACGCAGGAGCUGGACACUUUCAAACACAUCCUGUCCCAGCGACACCCGCAGGGGGCCGAGGAGGGCGCUGCAGGGGUGUCUGGUAUCUGAACAUCACCUUCUCAUCGACAUCUAGAGACGAGAAAAAGCACGUAACACUGGCAGUACAGUAAAUAUACUUGGACUAUAAUGGAAUAUUUAAGUUUUCUCCUGUUGGCAAAAGUAGCCCAUGUUUAUGGUAGCUGUAAAAACAAAUAAAAAAAGCCAUAAAGAAAAGUAAAGAUGUUUUUUUGUUUGAGACUAAAGAAAAUGCAUUGAUUAAGGUAUAAAUAAAAAUUAUGGUUUGGACUGAAUCAGAACUUUAUGUUGAGGAAAGUUUAAAAAUGCUUGUAACAAAAUUACAGUAAUGUAAUUACUUUAUUCAGAGUUAAAUAUAAUUGUUAAUAUUAGGUUUUCCAAAAUUAAAAAGUUAAGUUGUAACAAGUCCAAAACAAAAUUUGUAUGGUCUUUAUGACAACUUCUUUCAGCUUGUGUCAAUGAUUUGUUUUGUCUUUGUCCCAAAAAAUGAAUUCCAUUUGAUACUAAAUCAAUAUAAAAGGAUUCAACUAACUAAUCGUAAAUAUUAUUUGAGAAAAACUGAUUUUUUUUUUGCUGUAACAAAUUACAGUAAUUUUUUCAAGUUGAUACAAAGAACCACACAGGACACAAUGAAGACACCAUAGAAUCCAGAGUAUUGUUUGAACAGUUUCAGCUCUGCCUAAUUACAGAUGGUCAACAGUGAUUGAACAGAAGCUGUUUGAGAACAAAGAAGGCAUUUUAUUUUUUGAAAUUACCAUAAAACAGUUAAUAAACAGUCAAAAAACCCUGAACAUUUGACCCUUUUUCUUGAUUAAGAGGGAUUUUGUCAUGGCCUCUGUAUUUCUUAAAUUGUAGCUUCGAUCCUGUACACUGGAGCUUUUGAGGGAACCUGCGGUGAUUUUACUGUUAUGUCGGCAGAUAUGCGGUGGAUCUGAAUAUAGAUGCUGUAACUAAAUUCACUGUAAACGCAGUUACCCUGAGAAACGGGACUAUAUGAUUGCUGAGACUCUGCCGUGGACUGACUCUUCUAAGAUUUGGUUCAAUCUAACAAACAUUGCCUCAUCGGCAUCUACCUGAUACUUCAGCUGUCUUCUGAGUGUAGUUGCCCAACAGGAGUUUCACAACGAUAUGUGGUUUGUCGAGGAUUUAAUGAAAUCUUUCUCUGUGUAUAUAUAUAUAUAU